GGAAAGGUUGAUAAUUAGUCUGUAGAUUUGUUGAUCAAUUCUCUAACCAAGAGCACUAUGUUAAAAAAUUUCACUCAUUUGGAACAAAUUUGUAGUUAGUUAUUGUUGUAGAUGAUGAAGACAGAGAAAACGAGGGUGAUCUAAUAAUGGCAGCAUCAAUGGUAACACCAAAAGCAGUUGCAUUUAUUGUGAAGCAUGGAACUGGGAUAGUGUGUGCGAGCAUGAAAGAACAAGACUUGGAGAGGUUGCAACUCCCAUUGAUGGUGACGCAGAAGAAUAAUGAAGAAAAACUCUGCACCGCAUUCACAGUGACAGUGGAUGCAAAGCAAGGCACUAGAACAGGAGUGUCUGCUGAAGAUAGAGCAACAACAAUCUUGAAACUUGCAUCAAGAAAUUCGAGGCCUGAUGAUUUCAGUCGGCCAGGUCAUAUAUUUCCUCUGAAGUACAGGGAAGGAGGGGUUCUAAAGAGACCUGGGCACACGGAAGCUUCAGUUGAUCUUGUUGUGUUGGCUGGCUUGGAACCUGCUGCAGUUUUAUGUGAGAUAGUAGAUGAUGAUGGUUCAAUGGCCCGGUUACCAAAGCUUCGACAAAUGGCAAAGCAAGAAAACCUGAAAAUCAUUUCCAUUGCUGAUUUAAUAAGAUACAGAAUGAAGAGGGAGAAGUUGGUAGAGUGUGCUUCAGCUGCACUGGUAUUCACCCUGUGGGGACCUUUCAAAGCUUAUUGCUAUCGGUCAUGUCUCGAUGGGAUUGAACAUAUAGCGAUGGUCAAAGGUGAGAUAGGUGAUGGGAAGGAGGUACUUGUUAGAGUACAUUCAGAAUGUGUGAUUGGUGACAUUUUUGGGGCCACAAGGUGUCAAUGUGGAAACCAGUUAGUGGUUGCAUUGAAGCAAAUAGAAGCAGCAGGUAGGGGUGUCUUGGUGUAUCUUCGAGGACACGAAGGUCUUGGCUUAGACCACAUUUUACAUGAUUGUCACUCUGAAGAUGACAAGUACGAGGAAUUGCAUGUACCUGUUGAUUCUACUGAGCACCGUAUUGGAGCACAGAUACUACGAGAUCUAGGGGUUCAUACAGUAUGCUUGAUGACAUAAAAGAAUGGUGCUGAGUACGAAGUUCCCAAAGGUUAUGGCUUUAACGCUUGGAGGAAAGGUUCCUCUUUUGAGACCACUAACCAGACAUCCUAGAUUAAGCAUUUAAGAUUGAUACUUUUGAUUGGUUUUGGAUUUCAUCAAUAUAACACAACAUUUUAUCUUGUGUAA